AUGUUUCUCUCCUUCGUUGCUCUUUAUGGGAAAGUGUUUGGCACAGCACAGCAAAAUUUAGCAGCCACGAGCUGCACUUUCCUCCAAGUCUCAUCUGGAAAGCUCUGUACAGAGAGAAGCACUUGUUUCCCUCUGCCACCCACAGCUCUUAGAGGAAAGCACAGCUCAUGGCUGCUACCGGGCUGCCCCAGUUCCUGUUGCAGUCCAAUGGCAGCAGCUUCAGAAGAUGCUGGCAGCAUGGAGAUGUGGGCAAAGUCUGGGAAGGGGGUGCAACAUGCAGGAAGCCAAGUCCACUCCCCUUUGCCUCCCCACACUUGUUUACCCAUCCCAGAGAGCUCGGGCUAUGCCUUCCUCGGACCUGGCAGCCUUCUUGGGUGUGCCAUGCCUGCUUCGUUCUCUUUGAAAGCCACUUUGCACCUUGUUUGCAAAGCUACUCUCAAAGAGAAAGAAGUGGGCAUGGUGCACCCAGAGCUGCUGUUUCUUCACAACAGUCAAGGACUUCUUCCACUUGGAGCUCCAAGCUGCGGGGAGGAGGGACAGCUGCAAUGCCGGCAGCUUUUGUUCUCAACUGGCUCUUCUACAAAUGAAAGCCCUUUCUACUACCACAUGGUUCCAGGUGAAGAAUUUAAUUACAUGGGGAUUAUUCAACUACUUUUGCACUUCAGAUGGACUUGGGUUGGGGUCCUUGUGAAAGGACUUGGCGGAAGAACAUUUCAGCACCUAAUAUUUUCAUUGUUUGCUCUCCAUAAAAUUUGUGUUGCCUUCUUGGAGCAAUUCAGACCAGUGUAUUUCACCAAUGCUUUAGAAGGUAUGGAAUUGCUUGUUGAAACGUUUCACCUUCUUCUUAACAGCAAAGCCCAAACUGUCAUAAUCAGUGAUAAUAAUCUUUCAAAUUUAAGGUGGUUGUUGUAUCUACCUGAAAUGGAAAUAGUUUCUAUAAAGCUCCAAGGCAAGGUGUGGAUCAUGGCUUCCCAAAUGGAUCUUGCAUCAUUCUUUUAUCAGAAAAGCUGGGAUAUCCAAGGCCUACAUGGUGCUCUAAGCUUUGCAGUUUAUUCAAAUGAAGUUGCAGGCUUCCAACAUUUUCUUCAGACAAGAAAUCAUUUCUCCUCCAAAGAGGAUGGUUUCCUCCAAGAUGUGUGGGAGCAAGCAUUUGGCUGUGUGUUCCCAAAUCCAUCUGUGAAUGAGGAAAUGGACAAUGUCUGUACAGGGAGGGAGAAGCUGGAGAGCCUUCCUGGAGCCUUUUUUGAAAUGAGGAUGAGCAGUCACAGUUACAGUGUAUACAAUGCAGUGUAUGCUGUGGCACAUGCUUUACAUGCCAUGAAGUUGAACCAAGAACAUAGGCGAAAAUUGAGUGGCAAAAAGUUUGGUCUUCAGAAUCUUCAGCCAUGGCAGCUUCACUUCUUUUUGAAAAGAGUCUCAUUCAACAACAGUGCCGGAGAUGAAAUUUCUUUUGACCAGAAUAGAAAAUUGAUUACAGGUCUGCAGAUUGAGAACUGGGUCACCUUCCCCAACCAGUCCUUAUAUCAAGUGAAAGUUGGGAAGUUGGAUCCCUGGGCUGCUAAAGACAAGAAGUUCACUAUACAUGAGGAAACCAUCAACUGGCCCAGCACUUUCAACCAAACCAUACCUGUUUCAGUGUGUACCGAGAGCUGCCUACCUGGAUAUUUUAAGAAAAAGCAGGAGGAGAAGCCUUUUUGCUGCUAUGAUUGUCUCCCAUGUCCCAAAGAGAAAAUGUCCAGCCAGAAGGAUAUGUAUGACUGUUCAAAAUGCCCUGAAGAUCAAUUUCCAAAUAAGGACCAAGAUUCAUGUAUUUCAAAGAAAAUAUCUUUCUUGUCCUAUGAAGAGCCAAUGGGAAUAAGUUUACUUACUCUUGCACUUUUCUUUACUAUCUGCACAACUGUGGUACUCACAACAUUUUUGAAGUACCACAAUACUCCCAUUGUCAAGGCCAAUAACCGAAAUCUCACCUACCUUCUACUCAUCUCCCUUAUCCUCUGCUUCCUUUGCUCACUGCAGUUUCUUGUUGUACCAGGCAAUAUAAUAUGUCUCUUCAGACAAAUUAGCUUUGGUAUCAUCUUCUCAGUGGCUGUGUCUUCUGUGUUGGCAAAAACCAUCAUUGUAGUUCUGGCUUUUAUGGCCACCAAACCAGGAUCAAGGAUGCAGAACUGGGUGGGAAGAAGACUGGCUACCUCCAUUGUUCUUUCUGGUUUCCUGAUUCAAACAGGCAUUUGCAUGGUGUGGCUGUUUACUUUUCCCCCUUUUCCUGACAUUGAUACCCAUUCAGAAAUGGAGGAAAUCAUUCUACAGUGCAAUGAAGGCUCAUCUACCAUGUUCUACUGUGUCCUGGGCUAUAUGGGUUUUCUGGCAACUGCUAGUUUCACAGUAGCGUUUUUCUCCAGGAACCUCCCCAGCAGUUUCAAUGAGGCCAAAUGUCUCACUUUCAGCAUGCUGAUUUUCUGCAGUGUUUGGAUCUCUUUUGUUCCAUCCUACCUGAGCACCAAAGGCAAAUACAUGGUGGCUGUGGAGGUUUUCUCAAUUUUGGCUUCUAGCGCUGGAUUGCUUGUCUGUGUAUAUUUCCCCAAAUGCUACAUAAUUAUUUUUAGGCCAGAACUAAACAACAGAGAACAAUUAAUAAAGAGAAAAUAUUAAUAA